UUAUCAUCCUCCAAAAAAAUAUUCUCUCUUCCGAUUGCUUCCCCAGAAACGAGUUUUUGUUUGCUAUAUUUUUAGCGAGAAACGAAUUUGGGAUCUCCACUUUUGUUCGCUGAUCUACUUCGUUCUCUCUUUCAAUUACACACUUUUCAAAUAUUUAGCUCAACCAAUUGCAAAGUGAGACAUGGACGAGGUUGUAGUACAAGUGGAGAAGACGAAGAGGGAAUGGGACGACGCCUACGAGAAGACCAUCGAGCAUAUCCUUGCGAUACAAGAGUACGGUAAAUCAAGGAGAGGAGGAGGAGGAGGAGAGGAGAAGAUUUCACUACAGAGGCUCAACGGAUUGGCUCAGGAUGGUCUCUCUCUUCUCAACUCUCUGCAAUUCAAUCUAGAUCUGCUCGCUCCUCAGCUCCCUUCUGAUGAUCUUGUCCAGUCCACUCAGUCUCUGCUUGAAACCUGGAAGAAUCAGUAUCAAAGUUUGAGGGUUAACUUGAGAAGUGCUAAUUUGAAAGCAAAGGAUAACAUGAGGAAAGCUGCUCAACAAGAGAGAGAGCUUCUCCUCGGUGGUGGAACAGAGUCCACUGAUCUCAGACGUAAACGACAAGCAAAUGCUGGCGUAACGUCAGAUGCUGAAAGCAUAACCGAAAGUCUCAGGCGUUCACGGCAGCUAAUGGUUCAGGAAGUGGAGAGAAGUACAAACACACUCGUGGCUUUUGAUGAGUCUACUGGAGUACUUAAGAAAGCGGAGAGUGAAUACAAAGGACACAGGUCUCUGUUAUCCAGGACUCGGAAUCUACUUUCUACUAUGCAGCGUCAAGACGUAAUUGACAGGAUAAUCCUCAUUAUUGGAUUUUCUCUCUUCGUCUGCGCUGUUCUUUACGUUGUUUCAAAGCGCAUUGGAAUCCUGAAACUUCAGCAGAUGGCUACUGCUGCCAUUAAAGCUCAAUUGGCUGGAAAAGCAGCAAAUGGUGAUGCCAUGCCUCUCGGACAACAGUUUGAUGGAGGAAAUACAGUUCCAAAUGUUGAUAUUCCUCUACAACAACGCCUGCAUGACGAACUCUAAAAGCUUAUUUAGAUGCUCAGGUUCCUGAUAUUUUCACUGUAUCAAAGGACCAGUUUGGAAUAUAUAUUAUUACUAUACCGUGUAGGAAUGUUCUCCCUAGACGUUUAGGCUCUGCUCUCUGUUCAGUUUCUGAAUCAGAGUGAGAGUCAAAGUCUUGUUUUGGUCCUUCGACUUUCACAUGGAAAUUGCAAAUUCUCAUCUUUCAUUUUAUAUGUUAGCAAAAUAAUUCCACUAGCGUCUUCA